AUGUAUUUGUUGAAGUUAUCUGUGCCGAGUAUAAUCUACGAGCCACUGACCAACGUUACCGACCUGGAGGAAGAGCUGAAGUGUCUUCAGGAAAACUGCUGGAAACAAGAAUUGGAGCUCUAUGAACAUGAGACGAUGAUCCCCGAGCGGCCUUUGAAACAAAACUACGAUUCGCUAAGACACAACGCUGCGUGGUACAUGCGAAAGGAGCUUGUUGCAGACUGUGUGGUUCGCGGAGGUUGCUGCAGUCGAAAAUGUGGAUGUUGUCGCCAGCGUCAUUUGGAUUCGGGGCGCAAGAAAGGCAUUGGGCACUGCACUGAGGAGUGCGCUUGCUGUUGCACUUAUCGAGACAUGGAGCCCUCGGCGAAAGACAAAGAAGAAUUUGCAAAACGGCUUCGUGGCCUUCUUCAGAGCGACAACCCGGCGUGUUUAUUGAGGAUGGCGAAUGUUUAUUUUUUGGAUUAUGGGUUUUGUGGAUUCAAGAUCGGCUAA